ACGCGCUGCGCAGCUAGGGAGACGCUUUGUUCCGGCGGCGGGCUUCCGGGCCGGUGGUUUGGAGCUGGGAGCGGUGUGGGUCGGACCCCUAUUCGCGCCCAGGCCGGCUCGGCUCCCGGCAGGUCUCCGGGCGCCAUGGCUUCUCGUGGGAGAAAGCGGAAGGCCGAGGUGGCGGUGGUCGCGGCGGCGGCCAAACAGGAGAGACCAGCGAAGGCAGGGGAGGCGACCGUCGUGAUCGAGCAUUGCACGAGCUGACGCGUCUACGGGCGCAACGCCGCGGCCCUGAGCCAGGCGUUGCGCCUGGAGAGCCCGGAGCUUCCGGUGGAGGUGAACCCUGCCAAGCCCCGGAGGGGCAGCUUCGAGGUGACGCUGCUGCGCCCGGACGGCAGCAGUGUGGAGCUCUGGACUGGGAUUAAGAAGGGGCCCCCACGCAAACUGAAGUUCCCGGAGCCUCAAGAGGUGGUGAAGGAGCUGAAGAAGCACCUUUCAUAGGGUGUUUUGGAUAGAAGUCCUCAACGCUGAGCUUCCUGUCUCUGGUGAUGUUGGAGCAUUUAUGAUGGAACAUGGCCAAACUUUAGUCAUGUACCUGAAUUCGUGGUUUCUUCCCCUCCAGAAAGGAUGGUUCACUUGUGAGGCAACCCGCUAGUAAGGCAUUGAACAGUUCUUGGAUUUGGUUCAAUAAAAGUUGAAAUAAAGUGUUUGAAUAAUAAAGUAAAACUUAAUCUUA